GAUAGCGCCGCGUCAACAUCGCGGGAGAGACUCGCCUUUGUUUCCGCCGAAUGCCUAUACGUAUCGUGUUCCCGUCCUGUCAUCGUCGUGCUGUCAUCGUGUUCGCUCGCACUCGACAAUGUCGUUCGCAGCCGGCGUGUUUCACGGAAAUGUUUACUUCGCACGGCUCGUCAGCCGUUGAGGACGAUCAGGACGCCGAAAGGUCGCGGUAUCCUUACAGAAGAUCUUAAUCUUCACGACGCGGAGACUCAACCUUAUAUAUUUUAUUUGUCUGCAAAGGAAGAAGCGAGGCAGGAUAAAAUCGAGGGUUUCCCAGGAUCCCGAAGAUUCACGAAACGUCAUCGUCAGGAGGAAGGAUAUCCGCGGACAUGGCCGGUAACAGCGAGCUCUGGGUGCAGUGCUUCACCUGCUGCCUGACACGGGCGACCAGGAACACCGGGAGGCGGAACAACGGCAGGCCGCAUCAGAGGCUCAGGAUAGACCGGAGCAUGAUCGGCGUCCCCACGAACUUCCGUCAUACGGCGCACAUCAGCAGCGGCGACAUCGACAUGUCGAUCGCCCAGCUGGCAGAUCUCCAGGCUCAGAUGCAGAGGAAGAGUGGCUUCAACAGCGUCGACUUCGGUGCUAAAGCCUGCUGAGAGUGACAUUGGUGAUGCCACUGGGGAAUAUUUAAUAAUACGAUAGACAGAAAGUGAGAGUGACAUGUAUGACACUUGGCGAAACAACGACUGAUCUUUCACUUUUGAUAUCCAUGUUCCUUAUUUGUCAAGUAGACAUCGAGUGCAUUUCUUCUGUACGCGCAAAAUUAAGUGCUGCAAUUUAUUAUGGACAUUUUAUUAGGAUUUUAUACUAUAUACAUAGCGGAAAGAUCUUUGACUUCCACAUUCUGAACACACAUAACUGCCAGAAAGAAAAUGAUUCUAUAUUACAAUUAAUUAUUUAUUUAUCUUUAGACUGAAAUAUGUAUUUAAAAAGCUUCGAAUAUUUCAUAAAUUGUGCCUUCGUCAGCGACUUUGUCUGACAGUCAACGUGGAGAAAAUGUUAUAUUACAAGGACGAAUAGAUCGCAUUUAUUUGUAAGAUUUAUAUAUAAAAUACGACAUUAAUGUGUAACUAAUGUAUAAGUAAUUGGUAUCACAUAAUAUCACAUUCAUGAAUAUAA